AUGCCGCCCACACCCACACCGCCCCCUUCUGUACGCGCCCAAUCUCACCCACGUACAUCUCCCGUACCCGCAGUCGUCCCUUCUCAACGAGGAUCUCUCUCCCCACAACGACCAAAGAUCCUCACAAGUGGUAUCCUUUGCGAUAGACAACCUCGUAGUUCACUACCUCGUCACACUUCACCUGUCGAACGUCUCCCACGCCCUAGAAGCUACUCCGUCUCACUACCUACCAUCCAUAGCGCCAGCUUUCUCGAACCCAACAUGUCUUGGGCUCAGAUGCAGCAAGGGCCAGUGACAAUGGAGCCUCAGCAACAUUACCCUUUUGCCACUCCCAACUCUCAAGAACACGAAAAACAAGGUCUUGGAUUUGAGACGGGUCAUAACGAUUUACUCGGAUUGUCUCAAAAUCAAUACAACCCAAACGGACACUUCAACCUCCCUCAACCACCUUUUCCUUACAGACCUGCCUUGGCGCUUGACACCUCUGGCGUACCGUCUGGCUUUCAACUCCAGUCCUCUCAAUCGUCCAACCCAUCUUCGGGUCUCACAGCUGAUGUGUCGUCGAAUCACGAAAAUGAACGUCUCAUCACUCCUCAUGUUCCACCUUACGGUCUUGAAGGUUACGGCUAUGCCCUACCGAAUAUCUACAACUUGCCCGAUGGUGCUGGAGAUCCUGGAAUUGCUUGGGAUCCAGCCUAUCGUGGUUUCUACCCUGGCUUCCCACCAGGAGGACCUUAUCAACAACAAUACGGCACUAUCUCGCCUUCCCAAUUGGGUCAACAGCACAUGUUUAAGGCUUCGCAUUAUAGCAGUUUGAUGGAGAGCAGAGGUUCCAACUCGUCUGCCAGUUCAGAGAAUACGGAAUGGGUACCUGGAGAAGGUCUCGAAAACUGGCAUCCCCUCCAACGUGCUCUUAUGCCUGAUAGAUCUAGUGUACCAGAACCUGGAAGACGGAUAGAAGAUAUCACUCCUCCAUACUUUGCUCCUCCUCCUCCACUUGCCUCUCCCGGUACACUCGACACUGCCCUGCGUGAAUAUGUCACCUCUCCCAACCGACUGGCAUUUGGAGAACGUAAAAUCAUCGUCAUGUCACCUAAAGUCGGUCAGAAGUCUUACGGUAAUGAGAAACGUUUCCUCUGUCCUCAUCCUCAAGCGGCACUCGUCGGUUCGGCUUGGUGGACCAAGUCGCCGGAAAAUUGCCCGGUCACUCCAAUCCUACCUCCCCGAGUCAACAUAUCUCUCGUGGGUGAAGCCCCGGUGAAAGACGCCACUGUCAGCUGGACCACAGUCGACGCGAAGAACAUCGAUGAGAAGAUCAACACGCAGGCUAUCCAUCCGAGUGAUGCACCUUUCCUCGGUAAUGUUGCGGGCAGAAAUCUGCACAUUUCAGACAAUGAUGGCAAGAGACGAGAAGUCAAAGCUUUGGUCACUAUCAAGGCACCGUUAAAGCAUCAUGCUGGUCCUCAUGGAUGGGGAAUGUCCAAGGGAAUGUUGACGGAUAUCAGCAACGAUGAGAUUAUUGGUGUGUUCGAGAGUAAGGAGAUCAAAGUUAUUUCUAAGCCGAGUAAGAAGAAGAGCAGCAAGAUGGGAGAAUUAUUGAUCAAUCAUGGUUCUACCAUUGCAUUGUUCAACAGAGUGAAAUCGCAGACCACUUCCACUCGCUACCUUGGUGUAACCCUCGACAUGACCCGAUUCACCGGAUCCGACGGUCGACCUGUCAGUGGAGCUAGGCCUCCUCCUCUGUCCAACGAACGUUCCAUGUUCCCCGGCUUUACUGCCAACGCCAACGUAUGGGAAUCAUUCAUAAUUUGGCUGGUUGACCCUACCAAACCACAUGGACCAGGCAACGGACCGCCUUUUCAACCUGACUGGCCUAGUCCCCCUUCCAACGCCGUCACCUCGUUGACACACGCCCCUGUGGUGAGGUACAAUUCUUGUGUUGUUCUACAAUCUUUCCAAACAGGUAUUCUUUCUCCCGUUCUAGUCAUCCGACGAAUGGAACAAGAUACCGAAGUGGUCGGUAUGGAUGGUACUCAUCCUCCUGAACCUGGUGCUCCUCACUGUUGUCCCGAAGGUGAAUAUUUAGGAGAUCCCGUCAGUCAACUCCAAAAGAUCGCUUUUGAGAUUUAUCAUCAUGACACCAUGUCACAUGUAGGUCGUGAUCCUCGUUAUGGAGGUUUAUGGUUAUCUUGCGAUCAAGAAGUUGUUCAAGAAAAACUUGUUCAUUCGGAAAGGAAAUGGUCCGUCAUACCUCCUUCCAACAAGAAACCUUCUUCCGUACCUUCAACACCUCAACAUCGUUAUGGUAUAUUACCUAUGACACCACAUACUUCUUCUGCUAAUCUACCUUCCACCCCUUCUUCACCCGUUUCCACAUCUUCCGUCUCGGAUUAUUUCGGUCCUCAUUCUCGUAAACCAUCAACAUCAUCACUCCUCUCACCCAUAGCGGGAGAGGUACCACUUCCUAGUAUGUCUAACGAAGCUGGUCCUAUACGUCGAAGAGGUCCUUUAAGUAGACCGUUACAACAUAAAAAACGUGGUUCUACCGAUAUAACAAGUUCACCUUCUUUUGAACAUGUCGCUCUUUCCGGUCAAACACAUACACCCACACAUUCCAAUGCGGGUUCUUAUCAAUCUCAAUCACCUGCAGAAGGAGAAAGAAGGAUGCAAUGGAGAUUAGACGUUGGAGAUGUUUGCGUUUGGAGUAUAGUCUCAACCGAACAAAUCACUUAUACUUUUUACGUACCUCCCUACGUUACGGAAGUCAGGGAACCGUUCGCUCCUUUUCCUACGCUGAGUAGGGCUUUGGCACCUAAUAUCAGUGCGGAGGUUUCACAUGGGAGGUUACAACAUCAAUUCACUACUAUGGCUACUAUGCCUUUGGUGACUUUCUAUGGGAAAAACUUUGAGAAACGAGCGGACAACACGCCACAUUGGCAAAUCUAUUAUGGACCUCAACCCGCAGGUUACAACGAAGUGCGAUGUACCGAAGUCAUGGCCGCUGCAGAACCUCCCGCUGCAGAUUCACAACAACCCAUCUACCUCGUCCGAUCCGACGGCCAGUGCAUCUUGCCCACAUCAGUCACUUAUCCUUGAAUCUUCCGUUCACCUCAUACGCCCUCUGGCAUCCAGCAUCCACCCGCACAUUUGCUCAUCUCACGAGAAAUCACUCUGUCACCAACUGCCAUACCUUUUUUGUGUAUAGGAGAGAAGACAUUCACGGACUAUUUGUAUUCAAGACGAGAAGAAUCAUGAAAGAGUUAUGAUAUGCUUGCAUUCGCAUUUGUAUAUCUGAAUCACGGAGAGGAAGACAUUUGUGUAUCUGACCAAGUAAGAGGAAGAGGAAGAGGCAGAGAGAGAGAAAGAAGAAGAAAAGUGUAGUACGUUAGAAUAGAAUCUUAGGUUUAAUUGUAUGUUUCCCUCAACUGAAUAUAAAGAUAUUUGGAUCAUCAUUUUUCUUUGAUUAUAAAUCUGUUUAUCCGAUGAACCAAUAUUGAUUCU